ACGUCAGUGCAAUGACAUCUCCCGCGAACGUUUUCCAUCAAGCACCCAACAGCGAGCGAUAAGCCGAUUCUGCUGUUAUUUACUCGACAAUAAUAGCAGGCUGCAAUUCUUGCUUCCCGAGUGGGUCUUUGGUCUUUCGUAGGUUACGUGAGCCGUUACCUGCCGCGUUACCGAAGCUCUGAUUAAUCUCCGUCGACCUGCCUGUCCGCCCCGCCACCGGCUACCGAAGUCCUGCGCUGAGAAGCCUUCCGGAUAUCGAAUCAGAAGGGAAAGGAGUCCGCUGCACAGCGCAACGCAGAUCAUUUUCUAUUUCUGGUAUUCUCAUCUACAAGGUCCCUGAUCUGAGUUGCUUCUUCUCUUGCUCUGCUCUUUUCUCGACCGCUGUCAGCCGAGACAAUGAUUGAUCCGUCGAAAAAUGGCGAGUAUCCCAUCACUGUGAGCAGAAGCUUUGCCGAGCCUGCGUCCUCCGACCAGCUCUUUGCUCUGCGAUACAAUUUCAAGCCCGAGUCUGUCGACGACAGUCAGCCCUCCGUCUUAACCAGAUCUGGCUCCGAGUUUACUCUCCGGUCUCCCGGAAUCCAAGAAGAAUCGUUCACGUUCACCGGACAAAGCACAGAAGGCAAAGAUGUCGACUGUCUGCUGAUUUACAACGAGGUUACAAAUUCCUUUGAAUUAAAACGUCUCUCGAACGUCAUCCGUCUGAAAACUUCACGAUCAGCUCCCAAAAAACCUUCCGCAACCUCAGCAAACUCCUCCGCCUCUUCCUCCUCAACCUCACCCACAAAAGAACCUAUCGUCCGCCGAAGCAAAGACGAGCGGGUUAUCGAUCUGCCAUCACUAGACGACCUACCUGCGUCGUCGUCCGACCAGACCUCUGCCGUUCCUCGAGCACAGGUCCGCGUGCCGUCGCCUUCGGUCCAGAAGGAUGACAGGACACCGUCAGGCAGAGCACAGGCGCGGAAGCAUGGCGAUGCGGACUUGUCGUCCUCAGCAUCGUCAGACGAAGACGACGAUGUACCGCUGCGGGCAUCAACCUCUUCACAGCCCUUACGACAGCCGAUUUCCGCCAAGGCCCGAUUUGCGGCUGCGGAAGUCGAGGAGCCUGAAUCUUCAUCGGACGAGGACGAGGACGAUGCUCCACGAUCGCAACCGCAAUCACAACCACAGCCUGCUCGACAACCGCGGCAACCACCUGCGAUACCACAAGUGCGUGCGCCGGUGCCGAUUCCAGUCUCGAGUCGCGGCCCGAUAAGUCUACGAGGGUACACCGGGUACGGGCGAGUUGAGGACGAUAUCUCGUCGAGCAGUGAGGAGGAGUAGUUUCUUUUUUUGCUGUGCGACAUGUUUUACUUAGAAAUGCAUAGGUUUGUUUGGCGUACUUUGUCGGCUUUUUUCAUGACUUUUGAAUCGUUUUUUGUAUGAGG